AUGGCUCCCAACGCAUUCACUCUCAGCGUGCGAUACACUGCUCCCUGCGACGUAUUCGUCGUGUUCCACGGAGACGAUGCUGAAGACGCAUUCUUACGCACAUGCGUGCAGUUGUUCUUCGUCCAGCUCGAUGACCACGUAGGUCCUCAAUUGCUGCUGUGUAUCUACAGCGUCACCGACGGCCAAUAUGCACUUUUCUGUUCCAAUCUCACUCCCAUCGACACGGUGCACUUGCGGGAGAUG